GUAGGCAGAAAUAGUUUCGAGUACUUCCGGGUCUCCCGAACCAAAACAACUUUACCCCGCAGUGACUUUCCAAUGAAUUUGUCAAUAAUUUAAGAUUGAUCGUUUUACAAUGAAUGCUGGACUGAAACACUGGAAGGAGGCGGCUACUCUCAUUUUAGUCGCGGGUCAGAGGCUCGGCGUGAACAGUUUAUCCACGCCGGGUAUUGCGCGUUCUCCGUCGCCGGUGAAACCCGAAGGACAACCUCGGGUUCCUCACCCGUUUGACUACGAUGUUUUACUCCUUAAACGAAGCAGUAAAAGCGGAUUCAUGCCUAACGCCUAUGUGUUCCCCGGAGGUAUGGUGGACUCUUCUGACUUUUCCAGUGAGUGGUUAGACGUUUUCGGAGCUUUCACAAACUCUCCCAACUUUGGCUUAAGGAGCGUCCAGCAACCACCGGAGACCAGACCGCCAAUAUUUGCUACAGACAGGCUCAAAUUGGGUUCGCCUAUCCCGGGAGAGGUCGCAUUUCGGAUCUGCGCUUUGAGGGAGACGUUCGAGGAGUGUGGGGUUCUGCUUUUUGUCUCCAAAAAGGAAGAACUGAGUUUGUUAAAUAGCAUUCAAGACAGGCGUCCCACUGAUGAAGUCAAACAUUACAAAGUCAACGAGCUUUGCAGUGAUGAAUUGAACAAGUGGAGAACUUUGGUGAACCAGAACCCGUCAAAUUUUAUCAAGAUGUGCAGGGAGUUGGAGGUGCUGCCCAACAUCUGGGCCCUCCACGAGUGGGCCAACUGGGUGACCCCUGAGGGACGAUAUGGCGUGAAAAGGUUUGACACGGCUUUCUUCAUGUGCUGCCUCGAGGAGAGACCAAAUGCACUUCAAGACCAAAAGGAAAUUCAACACUUACAGUGGUCAACGCCUUUGGAAAUCCUGCGGAGCUUCCGGGCUCGCGAUUUGUGGAUCCCUCCCCCGCAGUUCUACGAGCUGAGUCGCAUGUGGCGCUUCCCCUCGCUGAGCAACCUCAACGCGUUUGCCAGGCGACGCGGCGCCGACGGCUGCGAGCGGUGGCUACCUGUUAUCUUCCUCCAGGACGACAGCUACAUAUCAGUGCUGCCAGGAGACCAGCUGUAUCCAUCUAACAGUUCAGAAGCAACUAAGGUGGAAACAAAUGGGGAGAAUCAAGAAGGUUCUAAAUCUGCACUACAUCGCUUCUUGAUCUCAGACCCGUACAGUCCAGAACUGCAGGUCAACAUCAUCCCCAAGUACAACCACACGCUGCCUCUUAUUGGACCAGUGGACUCCACAACGCUUGUGUGAACACAGUAGGAACAAAUCACAAACAUGGACACUCAGAGGGAAAACACACCAAGUUUUGUGGGCGUACACACAUGAAGCUGUUUGAGUUGUGGCAGACUUUGAAAACGAUUCCCCCUCUCAUCACGGCCCUCGGCCUCGUCCCAUUUAGGCGUGCCUUGUAUUGGUUAUGCAACACUGGAUUUCAAGUUUCUGAAUUUUGUGGAUUAUUUCUAAUAGUUGAUACCACAGCGCAAUGAGUCAGUUAUCAUUCAGAAUUUAAUACAAGAAGCACAAUUUAUAUUGUCUUUUGUAUUUUAUGAAGGAAAAUCAAAACUAAUUGCAUCUACUGUGCGUAUGUAAAUGGAAAUAUACAGUAACAACACGUCGUGAUGCAUCACAAUAUUGUAAUCAUCGUGUGUGUGUGUGCGUGUGCAUGUUUGUGUCCGUGCGUGCAUGAUUGUAUGACAGACAAGCUAAGUUGAAAUAACAACGCUCAACCUUUGUGCUGUUUGCCUUGGAGAGUCAGUUGAGGGUUACCAUGGCAACUCCACAGCCUUGGGAACCCACUGUCUUUGUCGGCGAUGCUGCAUGUGGCUCGCGUCUGUGUCGAGCACUCUGUUUGGGUGAAGAGUCACUCACCUGUAAACCACCCUGCAUCGUCAAUGUUUAAUUCCGCUUUUUGGGAGGAAAUUCUUCAAUUUGAAAGCUCGCAAAAAUAUCUGGCCGAAAUCGUCUCCAGUGUCGACGUCCUUCACGCUUCAAAAACCUCCGGGCCAACAUUUUAAUCUGUUCCCUUUUUGCCAUGUUUAAUUAAUCACUGUCAUAUUUUUGGAUCUUUUGGAAUUUUUGUUGAAAUGAGAAACAAGAUGCAAAAUUGUGUUCAUGCAGCAAUCUUAAGUACUUUCUGGCUUUUUUAUGUAAAGCAAUGACGGCACGCCAUGAGUCUUUUUUGUCAGAACUAUGAUAAGCUUGAAACAUUUUAUCUUUGGUGUCUCUAAUGGAAAGUAAUUUUCAAAUGAUGAAUUUGUACUGCAGCCAAAAGCGUCACAGCACAAUUGUAAAUGAAUUAUUUUUGUCUCUUUUUUUUCCCCCCCCAUGUAUCCUCUUUCAGCUUUCCACUAACCUCGAGCGGUUGUAUUUUAAUUCAUCGGCGCCCCAGUGCACUCCUCCUUUGAGUCUUAACAUCUCCUGGGCUAUUCCAGGAAUACACAAAUACUCUUAGAAAUAAAACCAUUAGCCGGGCAGAUCAAGCGUCUCCAUUGGAAAACUGAACAGCAUUUAACCCUAAGGUGGUUAUGUCCGAGCUAAUAAUCGUCUGCUUAAAAUCCCUUUGGCUUGACAGCGUUUACCGUGUCACGGCUUAACAUUUGGCACUUUUAAGACCGAGAUCUCAAAUGGUAAUGUGUGAAAGACAGAAAAAGGCAUGUAUUUUUGGAAUCAUUUUAUUAUAAUAAAUAUACCCGAUUUAUGUACAUUA